AUGAAUAAUAAAAUUAUUACUACCUUAUUCAUACUUGCUAUUUUUUCCAGCUUUGUUUACAGUGAUAGCUAAUGUUAGAAUCACUUAGCUUACUAAAAUGUAAAGUUUCUCCUUUAAGAAAUUGCUUAGGGUGUUAGCUAAAGUACUCAGGAUAAAAUCAAUAAUUUUUUCUCCUAAUUCUAGAAUUAAGAUCCUUAAGUCAUCUCUCAAAGUGCUUUAGAUGUCUGCGAUUAAAAUAAUAACUAUGCAGACCACUAUUCUUGUUGUGACAAAGAUAUUACUUCAUUCUUAGAGUUUGCUCCAUUUUAUGCUUUAGACUUCCUCACAAUGUAAUAGAAUGUUGUAUAAAAAUUAUUAAAUAAUAUUGCAAAUUUUAUUAAUGAUUUUUCAUGUAACUCUUAAGAAUCUAAAACUAAACCUAAAUCAUUUGAUGAUUUGGUUUAAAAUGAAAAUCUUCCUCUUUUGUAAGAUCUUGUCAAAAAAUCAAGGAGUUGCCAGGCCAGUUAUCUCACUCAGAUAACAAAUCUAAUAAGAGGUACACUUUGCACAGUUUGUAUUGGAGUUGAUUAACUAUCUGAAUACUUUGACUCUGACUAAAACCUUUAUGUCAGUUAAGCAAGUGUGAAUGAGUUUUAAGAUGCUGUAAAUGACUCUAUUAGUUGUUUCUCUAAUUUGGUUUCCUGGAAUAGUAGUGACAGCAGCUAACACAGCUUUAGAGAUGUAGUUUAUGAAAUAGUUAGCUAUUACAUUGAUCCUGAAUGCUAAAAUAGAAUUUUAGGGUACUUUUAAAACUUAAUAAAUACUAACUUAAGUAACUCGUCAAAUUAUUGCACCUUAGAACAAAUUUUUUCUAUUGAAAAUGGAUGCUUAAAUUCUCAAGAUCUUAUUUUCCAAAAUACAGAUUCUACAAACAGAAUGAGAAUAUUGUAAAGUUCAAAUUAAUCAACUGGUUUUUCUGUUUCAUAAAAAAAUGGCUCAAACGUAUUUGUCGAAAGUAAAAAAACAAAUAUAAUUUGUAAUAAUGGUUGUGUUGUUAUCUCCUUUUAAGGAAUAACUAAAUUUUAUUUUGGCUUUUUGUUAACAUUACUUUUGAUAUUUUAAUGA